GGGGGGGGGGACUCUGCCCCCUGCGAUAAAAACUUCGUGUUUUAUUGUUCCGUCACCAAAGUAGCGGCGAUCCAACGUGUUUCCAUGGCAGGUUCCGUUUGAACAGGCGGCUUUUUUACUGCGUCCUUGUCUCUUGAUUCUUCGUCUUGCUUGCUUGGUUGCUUUUAAAAAGCGUUUUUCUAAGCCCCGUUUGGACUUUUUUUGUUUCUCUCUGUUACUUUUUGAGUCGCGAAGCGCGAACUAAUUGGUUACGCGGGCCUGCGGAAACUCGCCGAAUGCGGUUGUUGAAAAAAAAUAUCCACCCGUGAGAAUUUCUUCAUAUUCUCGAGGCCGGCUAUUUUAAAGGCGUCGAAUGCAGCUGCCCAGAAAGGGGGGGGGGGGGGGAAGAGGGAACUUCUCAGUUGAGUGGUUAACAAAAAAAGUCAAGUGAGAACAAAGUUGGUAGUUGUAAGUACACGUCACUAAAUUAGAUGUCGUACCAACUGCGCUAAUAAAAUACCGUUACCCUGACCGAAUGGACUUUUGCCAAUAGCUGCGGUACUUGGGCCGCAAUAACAUAAUGGCUACUGUCAACCUGUGCCAUAAAUGCGCGUCCGCAUAACAUGUGCAAACGCGUAGCUAAAAUUUAACCUGCGAUUUCAUAUGGGGUGGGAGGUAAUUAUUCUUUUAUUAUCGUGAAGUGCUUUGGGUGGGCGGAGAGGGGUUUUUUUUGGCGAUGACUUUACCAACUCUCUUGUUCUGCGCCCUUCUAACGCCUCGCGUUUAACCCUUGUAAAUGUGUCUUCGCACAAUAAGCACUCUUUGCGAGCAAUUCUUAAGACCGUUCUUAUUUUAUUUUUUUUUGGGGGGGGAUGCCUCACAACGUGGCGUGGUGUUGGUGUGUGUUUCUCUGGGCGCUGUGCUGCUGCGUGAAACCUAUCGGGGGACAAGAUGCGAGAGUCGCCGAGUGCAGGCUGCCCCGCGAGCAGCCCCGCCGUGGGACGGACGACGCGAGGAGCUCCUUGCGCUUCGCCUACGACGCCUCGAGAGACUCGUGCAAGCUCGUGUGGGUCACGGCGGCGGUGGCGACGUCGACGACGACGACGUCGCCCACCGCCUCCCCUCCGCCGCGGGACGACGACGCGUCGCUCUUCACGUCGGACCGCGCGUGCAUGCGCAGCUGCUCGCGCAGGGGCCCCGUUCUCUACCCGACGGGAGCCGAGGUGUGCUUGCUGCCGAAGGACACGGGUUCCUGCAGGGCCCACUUCCGCCUGUGGUUCUUCAACGUGGAGCGGCGGCGCUGCGAGAACUUCACCUACGGUGGCUGCCGGGGCAACGGCAAUCGAUUCGUCGAGCAGAAGACGUGCGCCAACGUCUGCCAGCACCUCAUCCACCCCGAGAUCCAAGACAGAGCUGUUGGAGAUCAUAAUGACCAUUUCAGAGAAGGUGCGGUAGCUGCGGCCGUGUUCGGCGCUCUGUUUGGCAUCACCAUCACCGUCGUCUUGGUCGUGUUUGCCAUAAAAAGAAAACGUAACAUCAAAACGAAGGCGUACUCAAGCCCUCACGACUACGGACUCAAAGAGGACUCGUUUUAAAGAUGAAAAAAUAUAUACGAAUUGUAUUCCUAAAAUGAUGUACAUGAUGUACCGGGUUAGAUCGAGUGAUUGUCGCUGUAAUGGCAACGGAUAGAUGGCUUGGUAAAAUGCACUUGAGAAAGGUGGAAUGAAAUUGUAUAAGCGUUAACAAAAUGGAACGUUUGCGUUCCGACCGCAGAUAUUGUGGUCAAUGCAAACAUGAUUCCUCGUGUAAAAAAAAGGUGUUAGUUUUGUUUGCCAGAUAAAAUGGUAAAAAAAAAACAAUAAUCAUAUUUUGCUACUGGCAAAGGAGGUUCCAAUGGCGUGCGCAGUUAGUUUGGAGCUUGGAAUACGAGUCGAUUCAGCUCAUUCAUCGACAAAUAAUUAUAACUGACUGCUUUAUUUGCGGUCGAUUACUCGGGAUAUUUUGUAAAUGACGGCCACCCAGACUUCCUGCCUGCCGAAGGCGGGAAACCCCAGACAAACCACGGCCAGCGUGACACGGCCAGUGAUGCCGAUAACGUCGCUAAGGCCACGCCCGUCCAUCACCUCCCGUCCAGCGACAUGCGUGGGAACUCAGGUGAGACUUUUCUUACCCUAAAUAUGUUCGUGUGAUCAGAUUCGCCACUUAAUUAAAGCGAUCAUUGGUAUCGAGUGUUUGAGACUGUGAGGUUUUUCCUGGAUUAAGGGCGUCAUUAUUAUGCAGCAGUUUAAUUCACGUUGCGGGCACAAUUUUAAAUAUUGCCAAUGAUCUCUUCAGUGUCGCUGUACAUUCUGCCUUUUCAAUUGUUCCAUUAGCUUUCACGAGGUGGAGCACUUUAUCAUCAUCAUCAUCAACAUUGUCGUCAGCCAUGAUCGACCCACUGCUGGAUGAAGGCCUCGAAGCUGUCGCUAUCUCUCUCGGUCCUGCGACGUAACCAACAGAAGCGCUCAGCCGACCUCAACCCACCGCGUAUGAAUAUCCCAGCCUAAAUAAUAAAUAGCAUUCGGGGAAGGAUGGCGAUGGAUUUUCUGAGACAAUCUUCAUAUUCUGUACAGUGCUGUACUCUAUCGAUUGCUGAAUCUGUUUCAGGCGGUGAAUGCAACGUUUAAAAUGGCGAUGUUUGUUUGUCUCGAACUCUUAAGGGUUUGCAAGGUAUGUUUCAAAAUAACCAAUGCAAUUGUCAUUGUUUUACGUGCAGUCAAAUGUUGUUAUGAAAGUCAGCAGGGAGGCUGAUUUGUUUUUACAAUAACAAAACGUCGACUCUA